CAUGCCUGCUUUGAUAAAUAUCGGAUUGAAAAGUGCUCUGGAGAGAACGACGAGUUAUGGUGACUCUCGCGUUCUAAACUAUAGAAUAAGACGUAGAUCUACACCAGUGCCAAUCUUACCAUUCUCAAAGAGCCUGAUUUUACCUUCGAUCGAUCUUAGGAGGAGCAAUAGUAACUCAGAAGUUAUCACGAGAAAAAAGGUUAGCUUUAAUCUUGAACCUACCAUUGAAAAAGUACCCUCAAGAACGCCUAGACCUAAAACAACACCUCCGUAUAUCCAAACAAACAGAAAAGAUAAUCUUCAACAGAAAAGAGUUAUAAAUCGAACGAAACCAAGUGCUCAAUCUUUACGAAGAACGUCAACUACCAAGGAACAAGUUCACAUUCUUUUAAAAUGCGUCUUACCUGAUAUUAAUUUAGCAGAACCUAAACCGGAACCAGUAAGUGAUGAGGAAAGACAAGCCAAUGUUAAGGAAUGGUUAGGAAAAUUUGUAUAG